AUGCCCUCGGCUGUGAGCCAGCUGCUGGUGCUGGGCAGCCGCUGUGCAAGGAGAAGCUGCCCCAGCAGAUGCUCUUCAGCAGCUCCCAGCGAGACAUCUGCGCUGAGACAAGACACAGCUUCCCCCAGCGAAGGCAAGCUGAGUGGGGGCAAGGGACUGCUGGCACAAAAACCCUCCACUGUUGACUCCAUCACCAUGGCCCAGUCGAUUCUCCACCUCUGCAUCUGCCUCCAGGUUCUAGGUUUCAGUACAAGCCUGCCUGUAUCGCAGGCUCCAGAGAGUAUUUCAGCCCGGAUGAACAGCAAAGCAGCAAUCCCCUGUCAGCUGAAGGUGGAGCAGGCAGGGGUGUACUGGUACCGCUGGAGCCAGCAGAGGCAACACUUCCAGUUCCUGCUGUUUUCCAGCCCCCUGGGCAAAGCCACCUACGGGGCAAACAUCAGCCAGGACAAGUUUAGUGUCCAUGGGGCAAGUUCUGGCAGCUCCUACAGCUUGCACAUCAGUGACCUCCAGCCUUCAGACAAUGGCACCUACUACUGCUCCACCUCCCAGUCCUCCCAGCUCCUCCUGGGCAGUGGGACACGGCUUGCUGUGGCUGAUGCCCUGCCUGUGCCUCCAAAGACCACUCCAGCACCACCGUCCAGGAAAAAGCCCACGCAGUGCAUGACCAAGAGCAAAGCUGGUGACAGGAAAGGUGCCUGCAGCCCACUGGUCUGGGUCCCACUGGCCAUUGGCAUCAUGAUCCUCCUCCUGAGCCUGAUCCCCACGGCUCACCGCCUGCACCGUCUGCAGUGGAGGCUGUGGCUUCGCAUCCACAGGCAGUGA